CAAAUGAAAACAGCAACACUUGCUUUAUCAAGAAUCCGGGGUGGACGUUACCUUGUGGAUAAUGUUUCCGAUCGGAAAUCAAAUGAAUUGAAGCUCAAAUCCACCGUCCACCACCAUACAAACAAAUGGUUUUCUUAAUCUUCUAUACACGCAUACACCCUACGCCGCCGCCUCUUCGCAAUCAGCAACUAUGGCCGGCUCCGGCCAUCACCCAACCCCCCUUCUUCUCAUUAAACCCCACUCCUACUUUUCCUCGCCGGAUUCACACAAAGGCACGCCGCUGGGACUCAAAUGCAGAGACAUUCCGAACACAAAGCUUCGAUUUUAACUCCGGAGACGACGAUGAAGAUGACGAAUUUGAAGACGAUGAUGCAAAUCAGUGGCUCGACAUCCUUGAAGACUUCAUUGACGUGCAGGUAUUCCGAUCAUUUGGGUGGUUUCUUCCGGCGAUAAUCUCGUCUCUACUGUUGACCUCAGGUCCGAAAGCGUUCCUUAUGGCGAUGGCUAUUCCCCUCGGCCAAUCGGCGCUUUCUAUGUUAUUUCAAACAGUUUGGGGAAGACCGAAGAAUAAAACCAGACGUCGAGGCAAGAGCAAGAGCGAGGGUAAGAGGAAACCACCGCCGCGACGUGGUGGUGCAAGCUAUGUGGACAUGGAUGAAGAAGAGUAUCCCAGAGGAGAGAGAAAAAGGACGCCCGGGUAUCAAACAUGGGUGGCGGGAGGCGGUGGUCCAAGUGAUAAAAAAAGUGGUGGUUCAUCGGCGAGUUUUGGUGGGUGGGAAGAACUGGAUAGAAAAAGUGGGUCGUUUACAAAUGGAAAACGGAAGCCAUUGAAGAGUAAAUUGAGCAGGAGAGAAAGACGAAGCACGACACCAUUGUUUUUUAGAUUGUUGAUUGCAGUAUUCCCAUUUUUAGGUUCAUGGACUAGAAUGCUAUAAUAAGAUUACAGUGAUCUUUUAUACAAAUAAUGAGCAAUAAUAUUAUAGCAAUGUAUUUAUAUUUUUGUAGC